AUGGGCCUACGCGACAUCCUCAAGAAAAAGGACCACCUCGACAACGGCAACGCCAGCAGCCAGGAUGCCGUCGACAGGCUGGCCGCCCCCGAGUUCAAGUUCAUCCGAUCCGACACAAACACCCAGGAGGUCAUCCACCCGCCGUCGUAUCCCGUAGAAGAGAGCAAGGAGCAGUUCCUGAACCCCAACGAAACCGCCGCCGGCACCGCCCCGAAGCCCCGGCGCAGCCUCGAUGUCUUCUUCGGCAGCCGGUCGCGCAGCGUGUCCGCCUCCUCGCAGGCGAGCUCGGCCUCCCACAGAAAAGAGGGCAGGCGUUUGUCGGAACGGCUGCACCUCAGCCGCUCGCCCGCCUCGUCCGACAACGUCCCGCAGAACCUGCCCGACAUCAUAACCACCGCCGAGGGCGAGCAGGACGAGCUGGAGUGGGAGAAGCGCGCCACCAUCCUGGCCUCGGCGAACAAGAGCAGGCCCGCGACGCCGUCGCACGACAACCUUCAAGGGUCUGAGACGAGGGGGCGGUCGCCGAGCGCCGCUGUGUCGUCUCCGGCAAUAGACGAGGAUAUUCAGGAGGCCAUCCGACUGCACGAGGCGGAGGACUACGUCAACUCGACGGCCAUGUUUGCUCGCUUGGCCGACCCGAAAGGGGCGAACAACACUCUCAGCCAGUUUCUAUACGGUCUUGCUCUGAGGCACGGCUGGGGCUGCGAGCCCGAUCCAGAAGGGGCAAUCAAGUUCCUCUCGGCGGCGGCGUCAAAUGCGGCGACCGUCGAGCAGAUGGCGUUGAAGGCCGGGCUGAAGAAGGGUGGUGCGGCCAAGGGCGAGCUCGUUCUGGCCAUCUUCGAGCUGGCCAACUCCUUCAGACACGGCUGGGGCACGGCGAAGGACCCGAUCGCGGCCAAACAGUACUAUGAGACUGCGGCGAACCUCGGAGAUACGGCCUCGUACUUCUCAGACGCCAUGAAUGAAAUCGCCUGGUGCUAUCUUGAGGGCUUCGGAUGCAAGAAAGACAAGUUCGCAGCAGCCCGCUACUAUAGGUUGGCCGAGAAGAAUGGCAAUAAAACGCUAGGCAACUCCUGGAUCUGGAAGGAGAAGUACGACCCGGAUGCCGGCAACGGCAAGAAGUAG